AUUCAGCUUCAGACAUACAGGUGCACGUGCACGUGCACGCCCGACAGAGAGAGAGUCAAUAGAGUGAAUUAAAAGGCGUGAACUGGUUCCUCCUGAUGGUCCGACCAGGACUCUGGAUCUGGAUCCAUCAUUCUCUAAGAAAAACAAUUAAAGUUCUGAGAAGAUAUCGGACAGUGAACGCACCACGCCUGAGUCUGAUUAGUUUAUUAGUUAAUCAUCUGACCAAGUCCUUCCUCAGGACCGGGACCAGGACCGGAUGUGGUUCAUGUUCUGCGUCAGAGGAGUGGGUUUCUGAUCGAUCAGUGACCAGGAGUUGGGGGGGGGGUCUCGGUUCUGCUGCCCGCUGUGCCCGGCUGAAGGUCCAGUACCGUAGCUGACCGUGAUGCAGACAGGUGAGCGUCUGAACACUGAAGGCCCGGGCACAGGAGGAGCGCGCAUGCGUGAGAGGUGUCUCCGUCGCGCUCAGAGGAUGUUUGGCGCGCUGCCUGCGUGCUCCUGCAGUGUGUGCGUGCUGGCGCAAAGCGCGGCCUUCCGCUCGGUGCUCGUCCUCAUCAACAACAACAACAACCGGACAAAGUGUUUCCCGGCUCCCGGUGCGCUGACACACCCAGAGGGACGCGCUCGCCCCGGGCCUCUGUGACGAUGGCAGAGACUGUGAAGUACGUGGAUGAUGAACAUAAGAGCAUCUUCCUGAAGCUGCUGAACGAGCAGCGACUGGAGGGCGAACACUGCGACAUCGCCGUGGUCGUCGAAGACGUCAAGUUCCGUGCUCACCGCUGUGUCCUCGCUGCCUGCUCCAACUACUUCAAAAAACUGUUUAAGAAACAUGAGGUGGACAACUCGUCUGUGAUCGAGAUUGACUUCAUCCGCUCCGACAUCUUCGAGGAGGUGUUGAACUACAUGUACACGGCGAAGAUCUCCGUCAAGAAGAGAGACGUCAACCUCAUGAUGUCGUCAGGACAGAUCCUCGGCAUCCGCUUCCUCGACAAACUGUGCUCCCAGAAACGAGACGUGUCAUCAGAGGACAAAGAGAAGUUUCCCUAUGACAUCGUAAAGAUGGCGCUGCCUCCUGAGGCUCAACUGGCUGCUGAGUCUGAGGUGCUCGGGGAACACGAUGACACGCCCACCACUGAUGACCUCGUUGAGGCGUCGGCCAACCAGGAGCUAGAUAAAUCUCCCAGUGCAGCUCUGCGUGUCCAGGAAGCCAUCCUGAAGGAACUGACCAAUGAGGACGUACACAAGGUGACCUGUUAUGACCAGGAUGUAGUGACAGAGAUGGAGGCGGAACCUAAAGAGCUGGGGGCGGAGCAUCACGCCACCCAGACGCUGACAUUCGCCGACAGUAUGGGGGAGGUGAAGGACGAGCAGCCGCCUGGUUGGUCGACUGCCACGACCGACAUGAAGUUUGAAUACCUGCUGUACGGACACCGGGAACAGCUCGCCUGCCAGGUGUGUGGGAAGACCUUCCUGGACGAGAGCAGGCUCAGGAAACAUGAGAAGCUUCAUUCAGCAGAGCGUCCGUUUGCCUGUGAGAUCUGCACCAAAGCUUUCACCACACAUGCUCACCUGAAAGAACACCUGAAGAUCCACACGGGUUUCAAACCGUACAGGUGUGAUGUUUGUGGAAAAUCAUUUAUUCGAGCUCCAGACCUGAAAAAACAUGAACGAGUUCACAGCAACGAGAGACCGUUCGCUUGCCAGAUGUGUGAGAAGGCGUUUAAACACAAGUCCCACCUGAAGGAUCAUGAAAGGAGACACAGAGGAGAGAAACCAUUUGUCUGUCCGUCCUGCACCAAGGCCUUCGCCAAGGCGUCAGAUCUGAAGCGUCAUGAGAACAACAUGCACAGUGAGAGGAAACAGCUGAAUCCACUGCAGAGCGACACCGAGACGCUGCAGGCCGCCGCCAUGGCAGCAGAGGAGCAACAUCUGGACAACAUCAGCUGCUCCUAACAUCUGGACAUCAGCAGCUGCUCCUAACAUCUGGACAUCAGCAGCUGCUCCUAACAUCUGGACAUCAGCAGCUGCUCCUAACAUCUGGACGACAUCAGCAGCUGCUCCUAACAUCUGGACGACAGCAGCUGCUCCUAACAUCUGGACGACAUCAGCAGCUGCUCCUAACAUCUGGACGCAGCAGCUGCUCCUAACAUCUGGACGACAUCAGCAGCUGCUCCUAACAUCUGGACGACAACAGCUGCUCCUAACAUCUGGACGACAUCAGCAGCUGCUCCUAACAUCUGGACGACAACAGCUGCUCCUAACAUCUGGACGACAGCAGCUGCUCCUAACAUCUGGACGACAGCAGCUGCUCCUAACAUCUGGACGACAUCAGCAGCUGCUCCUAACAUCUGGACGACAUCAGCAGCUGCUCCUAACAUCUGGACGACAUCAGCUGCUCCUGAUCAUCACUGUAUUAAUCAGAAUAUUUUCUCUGUAUCUGUUGAUUUCUUUUUGACUCAGACUUUCAUCAACGUUCUGUUUGUGUUGACGUUGUUUUUUCUGCGUCAGUGAACAUGAACUGACUUCAGCUGAUGACCUCAGAGAUCAUGUAACGAACAGGUGAAACAUGGCUGACUGUCUGCAACCUCCUCAUGCUCCUCUGGCUUUGUGUAUUUUUUUGUAAAUGUACAGGAUUUGUUUCGUUAGUGUUGUUGUUGAUGAACCUGUGGCUCUGUUCAGUUUAAUGAGCCGAGCUGCUGAGUUUUAUUUUACCAGACUACAGGAGCCCAGAGUGGACACAUGAACUCGCAGGGCUCUGCUUACAUGGUGCCGCUCUCACAGUCAAAAUAAACCGUUUUAAUUCUGUUCA